AGUAUUUUUUAUUGAAUUCACUUUCGUUACUAUUAAAUUUGCCAAGACAGUAACAUGAAAGCUUUAGUGUCUUUUAAGCCGUCGUCGAUCGAGAACGUAUCCGUGGUAUAUAGCUUUGAUCGCAUCUUUUAAGAGUUAACGAUUUGCAUGUUUUAUUAAAAAGACUUCAAGACCAUUAUCGUUGGAUUCGUUCGUCGUCGUUGGUUAACCUUAAGUUCGAGAUCUUCAUCGUUUGGUGUGUUUUAUAUCUUAUAGAUUUUUUGAAUUGGAAAUUAAUCAGUGAAUUUUUUGUGUGAUUAAUUUGUGAAAUUGAUUUCUGUGAUUUUAUUAGAUAUUUUUUCUCUUUUGUUUCGGAUGAAAAUUUAAAUGAAAUGUGAAUUUAAUUUCUGUCAAGUGUAAGUUAACACACAAGAAAAAAUAAGAAGCUAAACCAAGCUUUGAAGUUUAAAGAAAAAGUCGUGCAUUACAAUCGAGUUAUUGGAGUUAUUGGAUUAACUGAAAAGAACUUCAAUAAAGGAACUAGUUUUGGAUUGAAGAAGUCGUAAAUUAUCUUCACCGCAAAAACAUGAUUUUUGUGGUAGGAUUCCUGUGGCUGAUGAUGGCAUUGAUGCCCAUCGGAAUCAAUGCCAUACAAGUAUCACCAGAAGCUGGACUGCGAAAUGCGUCUAGCGCCAUAAUGAGAACCACUGAGGGCGGUUUUAUUCCAAUAAAUAUGGCAUUUACCGCACCAAAUCGAACGCUUGGCACCGAAAUGAGUGCCUCCGAACGCACUCGUCGACUAAUACCUUAUGUAGCAUAUUAUUCACCAUCGCAAACAGAAUUUCCAAUCAACCAACAAUAUGUCGUUCAAAUGACACCACCAUCACCGUCAAAACAACAACUUCACUAUCAAUCACCACAAAAAUCUCAAAAGCAACAGCAUAUGCAUUCACCUGCGGCGGCUGCCGCAGCAGCAUCCUCAGCCAUACCACUUCCAACUGCAUAUGUCCAUAUGAAGGUACCAAUAAAUAACCAGCACCAGCUCCAAAUCCAUCACCAACAACAACAACAACUGCAGUCUCAUGCUCAUCACAAUCAUCACCACUCGCCACAAGCUGUCUUUCAAACAAUUGCCUACGGUGGUCAGCAUCCCCCAACCCAGUUGAAGGAGAAGAGCAAACUCGCGGUAAAAGUACCACAGCUGCAGCAUUCAAUUGUGCCACCAGCACCUCCUGCUGUUGGCGGUGCAACGCAACAACAACGCAUCCUUUAUCCACAUAAUACGUACAACAAGGAAGAUAGUUUAAGUUUAUCAAAGCAAUUUCAUUCACAAAAAAUCAACAUGACACCAUUUACACCGACAAAUAGUGUUCCGGGUCGAUUUAUACCGAUUGUUUAUACCAACGAGCAGCAACAAAAUAACAAUAUUAAUUACAAGACUCCCGGGACAUCAUCAUCAAUCGACCUUCAUGAACAACAGCAACAACAACAACAACACCAACUCCACCAUCAACAACAACAACGUUACCAACAACAACACCUUCAUCAGCAACAACUUCAUCUAUACAAUGACCUGCCAUCUAUUGGGCAGUCAGACGAACAACACCAGCAGCUUCAGCACUUGCAGUCACAUCCAAGUGGUUCCGUUGUUGGUCAUAAACAACAACAACUGAAUCCAGAGGACUACCAUCGCCAUCGACCACAAGGAGAGAUUGUUGUUACCAUACCAGCAUCUCCGUUGCCCUCUUCGGAAUUGGUGGUGCCAAAAACUUUGUCACAAGUUCCGCCGCAACAGCAGGACAAUAGGCAGCACGAGCACGUGCAAUAUGUGACCAUAUCCACUCCAGGACCACCAUCAAGUCCAAGCUAUCGAAUUAUUAGUGAUUUGCCAACAGAGAAUCGUCAUCAGCAUCAACAACAUCAGCUACAUCAGCAGCAGCACCAACAUCAAGUCCAACAGCAACACCAACAACAAUAUGAACAGCAACAGCAAUUUCCAAAUACCGACAAUCUAACGCCACAGCAAAAAUAUGUCAACUACUUACGACAGCAGUUGCGCUACAAGCAGCAACAGCAACUCCAAGAACACCACCAUCAGGACGAGAAGAAUUUACAGCAUCCCCAUCACUAUCAAAUUCAACAACAACAACAGCAACAGCAACAAAAUCAUCAUCUCUAUUCCUAUGACUUAGGUACAACUGCCAAUCCUGUCCAUUCGCCUUCACUGUCGUCAUCGUCGUCCUUGUCAGCAUCAUCGUCAACUGCCUCACAACAUCCAUCGACUACGCAAUCAGUCGAUGUCCAUCCGGAGAAUCAUCAUCAUCAUAAUCAGAAUCGUUUUAAUGAAAAGUAUCCCCAACACAGUCCCAUCAACCAUGUCGUCUACCAGCCUUCGGAAGUGCUUACCGACCCCGAGCAAAUUUUACAUCCCAGCAGCAAUAAACAUUCCCACCAUCAUCAUAGUCAUAGAUACAACCCACUUCCCUCGCCCUCCUCUACAUCUCAGCCUCCACAACAGCAACAUCAGUUGCAAUCUCAUCAAUACGCAAGCAAUCCGAACAAAUACAUCGAGUACAUCAUUGACGACCCCAAACAGGAGAUUGAAGAGCACUCGACAUCCCAGGAAAAAGACCACCAACAACAACGCCAAGGUAUUCGACCACCUCCGAUGAUUUUAGUUGGCAAUUCCAGACCGGCGCCUCCACCUGUCGAAGUCGUCGUCUCUUCGCCACGUCCCUUGUACAAAAAUCAACCGACUCUUCGAUUACAUGCCAUCUCACCCACUCCAAGACCGGAGGUGAUUUUUGUGUCGUCGAAGCCCAAGCACACCCAGCUUUCGCCCACCGUAUCACCCAUUGUCAAACCCAUCAAGUUGAAGCCAUCACAGCAAUACCCUACUCCCGACCACCCAUUGCCGCCACCAUCAACCUCUCCUAAGGACGUUUUGCCCGAUUUAAAGACUCUAUCCCUGGCAGAGAUUCUAAGAAAGUUACAAGAGAGUAAUCACCUGCCACAAACACUCACCCCCGACAAUAUUGACAACUCGAUAAGAACACUAAUUAGGAUUCUGCACAAUCUUAAGGGCAGCCAAACCAUUGUCGAUGACCCACCUCAGCACCACGAACAAGAUUACGACUAUAACAACAACGAAGAGGACGAAGGUACACCAGCUCAACAGGACCUAUCUCUACCCGGUGCAAAACCAGGACCAAAUUCAGGACGACCAGGAAUCGAUUACCCCACUUUGGAUAGAAUUCCUGUUACGUCUUUCGACUGCCAACAGCAAAGGUACAAGGGAUUCUUUGGUGAUCCGGAAACUAAUUGCCAAGUUUGGCAUUACUGUGACCUGAAUGGUGGCAAGGCGUCAUUCUUGUGCCCCAAUGGCACAAUCUUUAGUCAGAUUGCUUUAACUUGCGACUGGUGGUUCAAUGUUAAAUGUGCAACAACUCCACAGCUAUAUGUGCUAAAUGAACGGCUAUACAAGUACAUCCUUCCAUUUACACCCAAGUUUCCCGAGGACUAUAGUGGGCCUCUUGUUGAUAAGUAUUUGGCUCUGAAGUUCAAGGAGAUGGAAGACAAAAUGAAUCGCGAAAAACUCAAGGGUCGUGGUGGCAACGAUGAUAACAACGAGAAUGACAACGAAAACAACGACACAGAGGACAGUAUAGUCGAUGAUGUAACACAAGGUCCAAUCGAGCAUGGAAACACCCCCAAAAAGAAACCCGACCAAAGUGACGGACUUAUUGGGGAAAUUUUAUCAACUGUGGGCGAACAAAGUUCGGAAAAAAAUCUUCUAAUAGACGAAGAAACAGGACGAAUUGCUAGUCGGGCUCAGGGAGAAGAAAGUUCUGCGAUAGAACAAACAACUAAAGAAUUGCCAUUAAGUCAACAACCGAUUGUUGUGUCGACAACAGAAUUGCCAUUUGGAAUGGGUAAUGGGGAGUCACCGUCGUCGUCAUCGGUUAGUAAUGAUCCUCCGACGAUGAUGGGCGAUAAGGUUAGCGUAGAGAAAGUUGAAGUAAUUGAAAUUAAGUCGGAUGGAACAUCUGGACAUCUGAUACCAGAAAGUAGUUAUAGUCCUGUUGUUGAUACUUAGUUGAUGUUUAUUGUCUUUUUUAUGUUUUUAUUGCUAACUGAUUCUCAAAAGUGUGCGCCGCGUGAGUGUGAUAAAUAUUUUAUGUACCAUUUAGUUAUUAGAAUUAUUGAUUCAAUAUGAGAAAGAUCUUACAGUAAGUUGAGAAGUGUAACACUAUUUAUUGUAUUUUGUUUUGUAAUUAUUGUUAAAAUACAUUCAUUUAAGU